ACCCGCCUAGCUGGGAUUUUUUGUGGCUAAUUUUAGCACAAACACCAAAACACAGCCCAACCAUACACCUGAACCUGUACUUUCAUUUUAAUACUCUUAUUAUAUUUAUUUGGAACUUAGAUUAUAAUACAAAGGACAUGGUCAUGAUGGUGUUAGAAGCAAAACAACACAUAUUUACCUUGGUUGUAUUUUGGACAUGCUUGCUGAAUCAGUGUGGGGCAUCAGUUCAUAUCAGUGUAUUGACUCCAGAUGUAGACAUAGGCAGUCCUGUAACUUUCAAAUGUACAGAAACCAGAAGUAGUCAUAAAAGCUACUUCAAAUGGUUUGUUGAUAAGAAUUAUGAAUGGAUGGAUAAUAGCACUGACGUGUCAUUGUGGACUCUCCAGAAUACCACAGACUUGAAUAAAGAAGUGAAAUGUACCUAUGCAAAUGAAAUUGACAUCAUUAAUAGCACCUCAUACAAUGAUAUUUUCUUAUAUCUGCCAACCAAAAAAGAGAUAAUCGGCAAUUAUACCCAAGAUAAUAGCUUUAUUACAUUCGAAUUGCAUUUCCAAAAGGUCUACCCAGAACCAACUUGUAAUUUGUUCUCUAAGAAGAUGAAACAGACAGCCAGUUCAUUAAACGGCUCAUACUACAAUGUAUUACUCAGAGAAAAGUGGCUAAGGAGGUUUUACAGAUGUGACAACAGUUUAAAACUUAAAUGUCAUAUAAAGAAUAGAGAAAUAACAAGUGACUUGUUACCAAAAGUUCCUUGUCCAGAAUCUAAGCAAUCCUUUUGGGGAGUAGCUGUACUUGUGGUCAUAGUCCUAGGAAUUUUUCUUGCAUGGUCAAUUAAUCAAAACUGUACUAAUCAGCUGGAGCAAGAAAGUUUGCAGAAUCAGCUGGAGCAAGAAAGUUCUGCAACAAAAACUCAACAAUUUAGUAUAGCAGUUGCACUUUUUGGAAAUGCCUUUUCUUAUGGAUACAACAUGGCUGUUUUGAAUAAUCCAGCAGUGGUUAUUAUUGCAUUUUAUCAAGGAAUAUCAUCUGAACUGGAGACCAGGAUGUAUAUAGAAAGCAAUAAGAGUGCUAAUUUUCUAUUUUCGAUAUUCACGGCAGUGUACGUUUUUGCAGGAAUUAUUGGUGUAUUGUUAGCAGAAAGGAUUGCUGUAAAAUUUGGAAGACGCAAACCUAUGAUGGUGAAUUCUAUUGUGAUGUUACUUGCUUCUGGAGUUGGGGGAAUAAUGUUUUAUUCAGACUCAAUAGCUGUGUUGCUGUUUCACAGGAUUUUAUCUGGAUUAUACUGUGGUAUAGGUUUGAUAUUGUCUGGAAUGUAUGCCAUGGAAAUUUCCAAGUUUACUAUUAAUAGUGUCAAAGGAUCUUAUGGAACGUAUGACAGAUGGUUCCAGCUUUCUAUCACUGUAGGAAUUUGCUGUUCAUCCUUUUUGGGUAUUGAUAAACUAUUAGGCAAUAAGGAGCUAUGGCCUUUGUUAUUAGUUCUGAAUGCAGUACCAGCAUUAUCUAACUGGUUUCUCUGUUUGUGUCCUGAAAGUCCUGUUUAUUUAUACCUUCAAACAUCAGAUCCAUUGAGAACUUCUAAAGAAGCCUUGCAGAGGUUAUGUGAACGUGAAGAUGUUGAUUCUGAACUGUCAGAUUUAAAAAAGGAGGCUACCAAGCAGAAAAAAUUAAAGUUUUUAAGUCUAACAGAACUUGUCCAGGAGCCAAAGUUAAAAGUAUGCCUGUUUUUAGUAUGUUUUCUGCAAAUUGCUCAACAGCUGUCAGGAAUAAACACUGUUAUUGCAUACUCAGGAUUUAUAUACCAAAGUUCAGGGGUAGAAAUAGACCUGAUUGAGUGGAUGGUAUUUGGAACAACAUUGAUAAAUGUUAUCAUGACAACAUUUUCCUUGGAUUUGAUGCAGGAAAAUGGAAGACGAUCUGUGCUUUUAUUGUCUACAAUAUCUAUGGCUGUAGCUUUUUUUGUGUUGUUUGUCUCCAGUAAUCUCUGUCAGAACUAUAAUACCAUAUGUCCAUAUAUUGCAAUAGUCUCAGUCUUUACAUAUAUUGUCUUUUUCUCUAUAGGACUAGGUCCAAUACCAUAUAUAAUUGUUCAGGAAUUAUUUGGACAAGAAGCACAAGGUGCUGCAUUCAAUGCAUCAGUUGCAUUGAAUUGGAUAUUCAACUCUAUUGUGAUGUUAGUCUUUAGAGUUUUACAGAUGUCAAUGGAGAGUUAUGUUUACUUUAUGUUUAGUGCCAUUACUUUUGUCUUAUGUGGUAUAAUGUAUAUGAUUCUGCCAGAAACUAAAGACUUUGCAGUAACAGAUAUUGAGAACUCUAAGGAAUACAAAUGGGUGUUAAAGUUGCUUUGUCAAAAUGUGGAUAAAACAACUGUUACAGAUAAUCAAAGUCAAAGAAGUGCUUCAGAAGAUGAUCCAUUAGUGGAAAAUUCCUUAUAAAAGAGAGAUUUUAUUAGACAGCAGCAAACACAGAUGAGGCACAUGCAGAACCCUUAAGGCGGCUCAGGCCUUUUCGAGGUUUCUAUCAGAAGUGCCAUAUUUUUUUGUUAUUUUAAUCUUUAAAGAGAGUUCAUCAAAUUGGUCGAAAAAUAGGGGGUCCCUGACCAUUAAGCUCAAAAUAUUACUUUUGAAAAGGGAUGUAAAAGGAACCCUUUUCAAUGAAAUUAAAGGGAAAAUAGAGGUGUUGACAUAUUUUUAUCGGAAUAUAAAAAAAAACGUUCUAUAACACUUAAAGCUUUGGUCCAAAACUGUCAUAGAGAAAGCUGAAAUAUUGCUUCAAAGAAUGAGCAAAAAUCACUGAUAAAGAAAAAAAAAAUUUGGCCUAAAACCUAAAAUUUUGGCAGGAAAAUGGUGAAAUUGGGGGAAAUGACAUUUUUAAAGUUUUUCAAAUAUACACAUAAAAAGGAUUUUCAUUUGUUAGUGACAAAAGUACAAUAAUUUAACAUUUUUAAUCAAUUAAAAUAUUUGAAAAAAUAAUAGUGAAUUUACAAUACAAACUUUUCGUGUGCAUGGUAAUUCAGGAGUGAAAUUAUGCUCAGUUGAAUAGUUCUGAGCCACAUACAAGAUUUUUUUUAUUGAUGCCAGUGAUAUGGUUGUAGUUUUAAAAUAUCAUUUUUAUAGGGCAUUGCAAUGAUUAUUUCUCACUUAUUUACAACAGUUUUUGUUUGUAUUUACUUGCUUUUAUAUAUAUAUAUUAUUUAUUUUUUGUUUUCUUUUAAUUCUAUAUUGGCAAAAUUAUUGACCAUGUUAUAAUCAUUAUUAGCAAAACCAUUGACCAUAUUUAAAAUUAUUUUUAGCAAAUCUUUGACCAUAGCAAUAAUCAUUAUUGGCAAAACCAUUGACCAUGUUUAUUAUCAUUAUUGGCAAAACCAUUGUCCAUAGCAAUAAUCAUUAUUGGCAAAACCAUUGACUGUUUAUAAUCAUUAUUGGCAAAACCAUUGACCAUGUUAAUUAUCGUAAUUUGCCAAAUCUUUUACGAAGUUUAUUAUCAUUAUUUUGUAAAAUCUUUGAUCAUGUUUAUAAUCAUAAUUUGCCAAAUCUUUUACGAAGUUUAUUAUCAUUUUUUUGUAAAAUCAUUGAUCAUGUUUAUAAUCAUAAUUUGCCAAAUAUUUUACGAUGUUUAUUAUCAUUUUUUGUAAAAUCAUUGAUCAUGUUUAUAAUCAUAAUUUGCCAAAUCUUUUACGAUGUUUAUUAUCCUUUUUUGUAAAAUCAUUGAUCAUGUUUAUAAUCAUUAUUUGCAAAAUCAUUGACGACGUUUAUUAUCAAGGUUUUCAAAAUCUUUGACCAUAUUUACAAUACAUUUAUUACCAAUGUUAUUUCAACUGAUGGGGCGGAGCUUACGAUUUAAUUUACAUAAGGACAGUCUAUUUGAAGAUGUGUGUGAUAAGGAUGAUUGCCAUUAAAAUUAUUACUGAUUUCUAAUCACCUAUCAGUGUCAUCAAAGGAACUUACAAAAAAAUUACUGGACACUUCAUUGAUGAGUUAAUCCUAAAAACCUAUCUAUAGAUGGACUGGUUAAUUAUGAGCGAACCAGUUACACUCUGCUCAGUCAAGUGAAAUAAAUCGAGUAGUAGUUAUUUGCAUAAU